AUGGAAUUAAAGUUCUUAACUCUUCUGGCGGUUUCGGCCUACGUAUGCACUUCAGUUAGCGCUGACGGUCCAUUCUAUAAUGGCGGGCUAAAUAAUGAACCAAGUCAAGCGCCCAGUGGUAACUUUAUUACACAGACGGUUUAUGGCUUCCUUGAUUUUACAACCACAAUAGGCAAUACGGUCAUGGUCUUUUCACCGCAUUCAGCACCACCACCAGAAGCACCUAAAACUGACCAACCAGUGCAGGAAAAUAUUAUUGAGACUAAGCCACCGCCAGCAUCGAUAAUUGAUGUUAAACCGGAAGCAAUAAAACCAAGCAAAACGGCUAAUAAGGCAUCGACACCUGUAGUUGCAUCAAGUGCCAUUUCAGUAAUUUCUUCUCCGCCAAAAAAGGACACUAAUGCCCCUAAAUCAGUUGUUAAGGAACAAAAACAAAUUAACACAAAAGUCGAAGUGGUCGCGGGUCCCUCUAAAAUUGUCGAAAGCAAUCCACCAAAACAGUCUUCUUCCAAAUCAAAUAAGCAAUCUUCUCAACCUAACAAAAAUCAAAAGAACCCAACUGUCAAAAGUGUAACAAAUAUUGUAAGUAGUAAAGUUGAAUUAAAACAGAGCCCUUCAUCUGCUACAAACAUUAAAAGCAUAAUAGAAAUCAAAUCCAGUCAAUCAGAAGAAGAACCUGCCAUCCUAGUCACUAACAACAAUAUUGGAGAGCCAGAGUACGAUUUCCUUUCGCGUCAACCAUCUGAAUUUGUUGAAGAAACAUACAAAGUUAUAAAUUUACGGCCUUCUAAAUCUCAUGGCCACAAACCUAAGAAUCUUAAAAAUAGAGUACAUGCACCAACUCCACCACCAGAUGAUGAUGAACAUCCAAUUGGACUUGUUACAACAUUAGGAGGUACAAUAGUUAAGGAUGGUGCCACGACAAUACAUGAAACCAGUGUAAUUGGUACAUACAUAUCUGGUAAAUAUGCUCAAGUUUUAAAUAGUAAUUCCAAAAUAUUACAAUCACCUGGACAUCGUGCCAAAAUUUCGCCAAGUCCUACACAUAGAAUUGCAAAAACUGCAGCUCCUGCAAUAAUUAAAAAUCAAAGACAUAACUUGGAACCCACUCCUUCUAUCAAUGGCGAUGAAAGUAGCUUUAGCAAAAAUACAAGAAGACAAACGAGCAAUGGAAGCUCCUAUAAAAACCGACAAAGGUCACAAAGUAACGACAACGAAAAUCAUGAUGCACCUAGUCAAAAUAAGAAAUUUAAAAAUAGAGUUUCUUCUAAUUCUCAACGAACUCAAAGUACUCGGUUUGGUCGACCUGCCAAUACUCCUCAACUGGCAACCGUCUCUGUUUUCAGUGAAACACCAGCGCCAUCUUUUUCAAACAGGCGUAAAAGUAGUCGGAAUUCCGGGCAUAAGACAACAGUGACACAACCGAGCAACAAUGACAGCUCAAGACGGGGAUUCAAACCUCGUAUUCAACCAUCGGUAGUUGAACCAGUUGCUCAGUCCACCACUUCUAGUAUCUAUAAAUUCAAAUUAAACCGUGCUCAAGGGGCAGGCCGGUGGCAAUACAAAACAAGCCCAAAGCCUAAAGUAACUAUAAGAAAACCAACUGGUGAUGAAGAACAACCUACUACACCAAACGCUAAUCCUCUUCUCGAUGAUCUACAAGACAAUGAUAUUUCUCCUCAAGCAAGAUCGGACAACGAUCUAGACUUGUCCAGCUCUCAAAAUGGACCAACAACACUUCUUGAUAAUGAUAAUGAAGAUAAUUCAAUAGAGAAGCUUCCUCCUGUGGAAACAAUCAAAGUAGAAAUAUCCACACCAGCUGAUUUCCGAGACAUUUAUUACGAAAUUGCAACACUCAAAUCACCUUAUACGUUCCAGGUGGGCCGCGUCAAAAAUACUCGCAUCAUCACAGUAACAACCACAAUAGAAAAACGUAUCGACCCAACAUUGUCAUAUAAUGCACAAAGCUCUUUAAAUGAACCUCUAACAGAAAAUAUAUUAGCAACAGCAUCACCUUACGGAAAAGACCAUUAUCUCUUAGAUUCUAGUAUAGCUACAUUACCCGCUAUCACAUUAUCGUCAGAUAUGGAAACUCCACCCCUAGAAACAAUAACGGAAACUUUCAGCACCACUCAAAAUAUGCUUAAAACUCAUAUUUUACCUGUCGUUAAUGAUGCAAACUUGACCAGUAGCUUAACCUUUAUCCAAACAUAUCAAGUAACUAGAUUCGUAACAGCAACAAAAACAUUGCCACCCAUGGACUAUUUCCAAUUCAUACCGAGUAAAACUUUGAAAGAAUUCAAUAGCCGCCUGGAUGAAGCUGGGUCUGAAUUACAUUUGGAACUGGACUUUGGCGACAGCAACGAAGAUGAAGAUGGAGUUCGCAGAGUGUUCCCAGCUGAUUUAGAUCUUGCAAACAUUGGUUCUGAUUUCGACCUUACAGAUGUUGAUAAACACAGAGCUGACAAUCACUUACGACUGAAGAAAGCUCAUGGUCAAAACAAGGGUAAUCAGGUCACCGAGCCGCCAAACCCUGCAGCCGCAUUGACGCCUGAACAAGCACAGCAGCUAGCACUUUUAAGAUUGUUAAAUCCAGCGGCCGCCGCCCAAAUUCCUAACGUUAUUACUACGUCCAAACCAAUUCUUAAAUACGAAACUGUAUACGAAUCUCACGUGAUUCCACUCUUCAAUGGGAAGAGCACUAUUCUAAGUACGAUAUCUAGACCAGUAGCCACGGUCACUAAAACGGAAUACGAAAUCGGAACCAGUAGCCUUCCAGCUUUACCAAUUCAACCGAUCAAUCCACUUUUCCCUCAACAACAAUUCUCGGUCACUUCGACACCAGUUGUUCUGAACACCGAAGUAACGGCAACUGAUAGUCAAAUAUUGAAACUUACUUUCGGUGCUAAGACUGUCUAUACAACAUUGUUUACAACUAAAGUUGUACCAACGGUUCUGACGUCAUACGUCACAUCAUCGAUUCCAGUACAACCCAGCGCAGGUUUCCCCGGCUAUUACCCAGCACCUUUUGCACCAUUCCCAUACGUUGGA